AUGGGUGACAGAAUCAAGAUUUUAGCAGGUAACGCUCACAUGGACCUUGCCUUGGAGAUUUGUAAAGAUUUGAAUAUUCAACUCGGCAAGGCUCAUAUUGGCAAGUUCUCCAAUGGUGAAACCACUGUUAUGAUCAACGAGUCUAUCAGAGAUAUGGAUGUCUACAUUAUCCAACCAACUUGCAAUCCAAAUGUUAAUGGUAAAAUCAUUAAUCAUCAUCACUACAACAACAACAACAACAACACCAUUAUCAUAUAA